AUGUCACGCACUGCGCAAGUUGCUACCAUCAAAUCUGGCGCCGAGGUGUGCACCUCUGGCGUCAACGGCCAACUGGAGGAGGAGGAGGCGGAGAUCGUCGUCAGCUCCGUGUCGAACCAUGCCGGUCAGGUGGAGCGCAUGCUUCUCACAGAGCGCGGCGAUCCGUCCGUGCCCCCGCCGAAUUGGGAAGCGUUGUGCAGCUCUGCACUCUUUGACGAGAACGGAAAGACGCGUCCUGAGGUGGUGCGCGAGCACUUCCGGAGGGAGGGGCUGCUGCAGGAGGCGGAUGCCCUUGCGAUUAUUACCAAGUGCGCACUGAUAUGGCGAGACGAGCCGAACGUGCUGCACCUUGAUGAUCCGGUGGUCAUCACUGGCGAUAUUCACGGCCAAUUUUUUGACUUACUGAACCUCCUCUCCAUCGGCGGCGACCCGUCCGAGCAGAAGUAUAUCUUUCUGGGAGACUAUGUGGACCGUGGGUGCUUCGGGAUGGAGGUGAUUCUGCUGCUGAUGUGCUACAAGAUCUGCUACCCCAGCACCAUUGUCAUGCUGCGCGGCAACCACGAGAGUCGCCACCUGACGGCGUACUUUAACUUCAAGCGCGAGGUGCUGUACAAGUACUCUAUCGCCGUGUACAAUGCUAUGAUGUCCGCCUUCGAUUGCAUGCCGCUUGCGUGCAUCCUCAAUAACCGAUUCCUGUGCGUGCACGGCGGCUUGUCGCCGGAGCUGAAGCGGAUCUCGGACAUUAGUGCGAUUCACCGCUUCCGCGAGCCGCCGUCGUCUGGACCGAUGUGCGACCUGCUGUGGGCAGACCCGCUGGACGAGAAAGAGGAGGACCCUGCGGCGCCACAGCUCUUCGUGCCCAACACAACCCGCGGCUGUUCCUAUGUCUACAGCAACACCGCUGUCUGCAGGUUCCUGCAGGAGAACAGCCUCAUCACUGUCAUCCGCGGCCACGAAGCCCAGAAUGAGGGCUACCACUUGUACAAGAAGACAGGCAGGGGGUUUCCCGCGGUGAUUUGCAUCUUUUCCGCGCCGAACUACUGCGACACGUACAACAACCGCGCCGCAAUCGUGAAGCUGAGCCGCAAUAUCAUGAGCAUCUGCCAGUUCAACAGCAGCCCCCACCCCUACUACCUGCCCAACUUCAUGAAUGCCUUCACUUGGUCGCUGCCGUUCGUCGAGGAGAAGCUGCUCGACAUUGGGGCAAACGUCUUGCACCUCAUCGGUGUAAACGGAGAUCACAUUCUCGUGGACGAAGUGAAGGGGAUGGCCGCACAGGGACCUGGGGGGAACGCAGAAAGUAGCGAUGAUAGCGGCGUGGAGCAGCGGGGCGAGCACAUUCGCAAAAAAGUACUGGAAAUGAAGAAGCUCUCCCGCAUGUUUUGCACAUUGGGCGCGGAAAAAGAGGGCAUUGGUCAGCUCAAGGGACUGGCAGGUGGCACGCCACCGUGUGGCUCAAGUGAUGUACAGGCGGCCAUCAGCGACUUUCAGCACUCGAAGGAUAUGGAUGCUGUGAAUGAGCGCUGGCCGGAUUCUCCGCUCGAGGACGACGCUGCACUGCAGUUGAAUGUGGCGACCAAAGCCCUUCAGUGUGGCGUCCUUGAGCACCAGCAGCAGGCGAGCCAUACGUGGACGCCUUAA